CCUCCUUUAUUAGUUACCGUUGCCGCCAAGAAGCCUCGAACGAAACUAGGAGACGACUGAUCUCUGCUUGGUGCUGCAGUUUUAGGGUUUCGAUUCUUCUGGUUUGUUCCUUUUUCGUUUCUCUGCAGAUUUUUCGUUUAUCAUGCACCGCCAAAAUGGUUUCGUUGUCUCUACUCUGUAUAGAUCGUUCUUUUUGGGAAUCUAGGGCUCAAUUCUGAUGGUAUUGAUGGUACCCGCAUAAUUACCAAGUACAAUCCAAGUUGGUGAGAUUCCCGGGUGGAUGCUAGAAGUUCUUCUAACGGAUGAUUGUUAGGGUUUGGGUGUGAGAAUUUGUGAAGGUCGGCGAUUUCUGUGGCCCAAGGUAUGCUUCCGUCUGGUUUUGCUCCCGCUUCCUAUGGUAUGGGUAACGAGAGGUGAAUUGUUCUUGCGUUAUCAUUCUAUCCUCUGCAAUAAAUUGUCGCAGUCCGAUGUUACGAUAGCUCAUAGUGGGUGGGAUGGCAUGAUAGUUGGGUUAUUUACAUGUUAGUUUCCACUAGGCAAAACUUCUUGGCGACCAACUCCCUAGAUGGCUCAUCUUGGAACUCUUCCAAAUAGUGUCUUGGAAACCUAGUGAGGUGAUCCUUACCAAUUCCUGGUUGGCUCGUCGAUUACUUUAUCUGUGGUUCUUAACGUGCAUGAUUACAUGAUCCCAGAAAGGAACUUUAGUUGGUCCGAGUUGUUGGAUCUUUAAUAAGUUGCAUGCCAAUGGUGUCCUAGAAAGUGAACAAUGACUAGUGGUGGUUGCCCUUCUGCCCGUUAUCCUUGUUUGAGCUUAUAACAUAUGUUUGGUCCUAGGAGGGAACUGCGACUAGUCUUGGUUGCCCUUCUGCCUCUUCUAUCAUUGUGGCGGUGAGUAUAAGUCUAAGGUAUGUGCCAAUGGAGUCCGAGAAGGAGACCUUGUCUAGUAUCGGUUGCCCUUCUGCUUCUUCUAUCAUGGUGGAUGGGGUCCUAGAAGGGAACCACCACUAGGCUUGGUUUCCAUGCUGCCUCUUUGACAGUCAUACCGGUUAUGUAAGUCUCUAAGAUGAGGUAUUGGCCAACCAGUUCCUAGAAAGGAACCAUUAUUACCCUUGGUUUUCUUUCUGACGUGCCUAUCAGUUGCUCUUGUGCUCCACUUCUUAUAUUGGUUGGGACACUUUUAAGUACAUUACUGAAUUUCCAUUGAGGGUCCUAGAAGGAAACUAAGGCUGUCUGAGUUGCCCUUCUGCCCCGAUGCUAUAUAAUGCAUCAAUGGGAAGGGUCCUAGAGGGGAACUAAGGCAGUUUGAGUUGUCCUUUUGCCCCAAUGAUAUAUGGUGCAAAUCAAUGGGGUCCUAGAAGGGAAAACUUUUAUAUUGGUUGGGACAAGUACAUUACUGAAUUUCCAUUGAGGGUCCUAGAAGGAAACUAAGGCAGUCUGAGUUGCCCUUCUGCCCCGAUGCUAUAUAGUGCAUCAAUGAGGUCCUAGAAGGGAACUAAGGCAGUUUGAGUUGUCCUUUUGCCCCAAUGAUAUAUGGUGCAAAUCAAUUGGGUCCUAGAAGAGAACCACGAAUAGUCUUGAUUGCCUUUCUGCCUCUUCUAUGACUGCGGUGUUGGAUCUGCCUCUUAAGUGAGUUAUGUGUCAAUGGGGUCCUAGAAAGGAAUCAUGACUAGUCUUGGUUGCCCUUCUGCCUCUUAUAUGAAUGCGGUGUUGGAUCUGCCUCUAAAGUGAGAUGUGUGCCAAUGGGGUCCUAGAAAGGAAUCAUGACCAAGUCUUGGUUGCCUUUCUGCCUUGCCUAAGAAUUUCUACUGCCCCACUUCUUUCGUUAAGAUAUUUGAACUGCAUGCCAAAUUUUAAAUGGGAUCUUAGAAGGGAACCUUGAUAGUCUGAGUUGCCGUUUGCCCCAAUGAUAUAAGUUCUACAUCAGUUGGAAAGCAAUUCAACGCAAGUUAGUCGGAUCAUGAAUGGAAAUGUACUUGGUCUUGUUAGUGUCUCCUGCUUAUUAGUCGGUGUCUGGUUUGGAUAACAUAUGAAGUUGGGGGUUUAAGGAGAGGGAGACAUUUCUGGACUGCCCUUCCUAGACAUUACAGUUUCACUGAUUUUGUAGUUCGUUAAGACUUUGAGGCUGAAUUGAUGGCCUUGUAUUGGGUACUCUGUGAGAAUGAGAUUGUUUAGACAAUUCAUAUUCAUCCCUGAGCUUUUCCAAAUGUGAUCACCUUGUGUUUACAUGGUUUCCUCGCAAAGCAUGAUUUCCCAAAUCGUAUCCCCAUGUUUAGUCCUGAAGCUAUUGAUGGUAUUGGAUUGAACGAUUUCAUGUUGUCCAUUCAGUUUAUAUAAUUGAAGGUAACUAUUUAAGACAUGUGAUGCUUGUAGUUAUUCUCUCUUUCUUUACCCGUGACUCUUUUUGAGUGCUUGCUGACGGAGUCCUAUCGGCUAUCAGGAAACUGUGGCUAGCCCAAUAUUGGCCUUCUGCCCUGACAUUUGUGCUAUCCAUUCAUAUAAAUCAUGUGAUAGAAGGGAACAAUAGAAGACAUGUGUUGCUCCUUUACUUUCGUGAUCAUUGUGGAUGAGGUCCUAGGAAGGAGUUGUGGGUUGGGACAAAUGCUCUUCUGCCCAUGUGUUAAUUAUGUUCACUUCUGCCCCAUCUAUUAAUUCUGCUCAACUGUUGCCUUGCCCAUUUCUGUACAACUCUCAUGUCCUUUGACAUCGCAGUUUCGUUUACUUUAUAAUCCAAACAUCGGUUACUUUCAUAGACCAUGGUAUCGUGUUACUUUCGUAGUUUAUGUUGAUAAUGAUGGCUGAGUUUUGAUAAUCAUCAUGUACACGUAAAGGGGGUUGGGACUAUUGUAUUUGAUAAAGUUAUCUUGGUUUAUCAAUAAUGAAAACGAUCUGGCGGCCUGUUAGGAUGUCUUGCUCGGCACACCCUAUCAACUAUUCUGACAUUUUUAAGUGGUGUCCUAGAAGGAAACCUUACAUGCAAAUGUGCUGUCCCAUUUAUUUAAUUGGUCUUGGAUCUGUUUCAGUGGUGUCCUAGAGGCUAGAAGUGAAUUUUCACUGCUGCAUUUUGCAGUUUUUCUCCAGGUUUGAGCGGUGCCUGGCAAUGGGGUUCCCGAGGAUGGUGUUUAAGCUUGUUUUCAUUGCUCUAGGUUUGGUUGGACCUCUUCUUUUCAAGCAUCAUGGUUAGCUACGAUUCAAUCAGUGACCAAUUAAAUGGAAUUUUACUUUGGAAUUGCAUUAUCAUCGAUUCCUAUAUGGGAUGAAAUCAACCAUUCUAUAAUGCUUACCAGUGUUCAAUGAAACAGAUAGUUCUCUUUGGGGGUGGAUUUAAGACUCGUGUGAAGUUGGUGAUUCCUGAAGGUGAAGUAUCCUUCUUUGAUAUAUGAAAUGGACUUGUAUUUUGAAACUACAUUGCAAAUUGAAUCUGAUGUGGAGAUGAAUCAAUCAAUAGAAUGAUUUGUUGUGUCAAGUUAUAGAUGGUUCUCCCCGAUUUUAUUAAAUCUCAAUUGGUGAUUUAUCAAGGUGCAGCAUGCAUAUGUUUAAGACGACGACAUAGACCCCCUUGAUACUGUGUCUAUGUUAGUUGUGGUGGUGGUCUGGCGAGUACAAUGAUGGUUGCAGUAUAGACAGCAGAAUCUUUUUAUGUUGAUUCGAUGUGCAAUUCGCUUACAAUUUCCUGGAAGGAGUGUAUCAGCUUGGGAAGUUCAUUACUUUGCACGACAGAUCAUCAUUUGCAUGGUUCCGUUGUUCUCUAUUUGGGUCUUAGAAUGCAGAUGUGUCGAUUAUUGAUUUAAGGUUUGCUCUACUUGGGUUUUUGGAUGGGGUGGCAUGAUGGUUGGCUUUGGCUGGUUUUCAUGAUUCCAUCAAAGAAUGUAGAGGCCUUUUUAAGACUUCCUGACCAAGGUACCUCAUCAACUAUACUAAUUUUAUGACAGUCAGUAGUACAAUAUUGAUGGAUACUAAUUUACUGACAUAGUCGAUAGUAUAGUACCCAUGGAAAAUGAUUCAUAGUAUAGUUGCUUUCAUUGGGUAGAUGUAUAUGGACAUUUUUCCAAGUUGCGCUUCUUUUGUUGCCCAGCUUCUGCCCCAUCUGUAAUUAGGAAUCUGGAAGUUUCAUUGAAAUGGAGUCCUGCAAGGAAAUUAUUGGUAGUCAUGUUUCAUCGUGUAAAAUCCACCUAUUUAAGUUAAUACCAUAUAAUUAACCUGUAGCGUGAAUCUAUAUGUUCCCUUCUCCAAGUUUGAUCUUGAGUUAGUAUUGAAAACUUGAAUUACGGGUGAAGGCAGAUGCCCUUUCAAGGUUAUGUCAAUAUCAUAGUGUCGUGUUUCUAGUAGGAGUUAGAUCUGAUGCUUUCAGAAGUCUGAUCAUGAUUGGGUGUACAAGCUACCAGCUGCUUUGAUCUUGAAAAUGGAAGGAACUAUUUAGAUUUCUGGAUGCGAAUAAGAGCCUGAUAUCGACUUGUGAAUUCUUAUACUAUGGCUUAAGUAGCAGGUUCUCAUUAUGGGUUAAACUUUCUUGAAUCCUUACUUCCUCUGGAUGUGUUAGUUUGUUGUUGUUGAGAAGGAUAGUGAAAUUUAAUCAAUGCUCUAAUUUGACACAUCUGAUUAUAGAUGGACAUGAGUUGUUUUGACAGCAAGAAUUGGAGCUAGAGCCACAUAGGAAUAAAAAAAUUGGGUUAUAUCUGGUUGCUGUUGUGAUUUCCUCUAUUUAGUCCCAUGAAUAUUUGUUUUAUAGAUAAUAGCUAUUAGAAACCCAAAAGUACAAACCCUAAAGAGGACACAAAUGGAUGUAAGGUUGGAUAAGAUUAGGCUCCUUACUGGGAUGGAAGCUGCACCUUUCUCAGAUCAAUUAUUUGUCACCAUCAAAGAGGAGAGGUGAGCGUGCAACAUCUGGGUUAGCAGUGUUCAGUAAAAGAGAGAGUUCUCUGCCUAGAUGGAUUUCAGAUUCCAGUAACCCUUCCAGUGAAUAUGCUAUAUAAGGUAUUUUGUCCCCAUCUAUAAUUUCAUUUGGCGAGAAUAUGAUUCUGUGAUUUCUCUGGCUGAAGUAUCUGUAAAGUGGGCGCAUGCAAUUGUUUAAGGCAACGGUGUAGAGACCCUUAAUACAGUUGGGGGUAGUGAUCUGGUUAUUACAAUGAUGAACGCAUUCUAGACGGUAGAAACUUCAAUGUUGGCUGAAUGUUCAAUUUGAUUAAAGUUUCCUUGAAAGGAGUGUAUUAUGAGCGCCAAAUCAUCAUCUACCCGGUUCUACUGUUAGAAUUUCCCGCCAAGGUACCCUAUCAACUCUGACAUAGUCGGUACUACUGAUGGGGAAAUGAUUCUGCAUACAGUUACUUUCGAUAGGUUACUUCUAAGAACCUGAAUGUAGAGAUAGUUUGAUUCCCAGCUUCUGCUACGUGUAUAAUUUUGUCAUUAGCCCUAGGUUAUCUGGAAGGUUCAUUGAAAUGGGGUCCUGGAAUGAAAUUAUUGUAGUGUUGUUUCAUCUUGCAUUGUCCACCUGUUUAAGUUGAUAUCAUACAAUUAACACUAUUCUAGUGAGAAUCUAUAUGUUUUAUCCUUCUCCAAGUCUGAUCUUGACUGGGUUGCCAACUCGAAUUAUGAUUGAAGACAACUCUCGAGGUUAGGUCAAUGCUAUGGCGUUGUUACAUACUUUCACGUGUUCCCAGUAGGACUGAUGUUUUGAGAAGUCUGAUCUUGAUUGCGUGUGCAUACCUAACCUGUGCUAUGUACAAUUUGCCUGCUACUUAGAUCUUGACAUUAAAGGAGGCCAUUUUAGGCUGCGGGAUGUGAACUAGAGCCAGAUAUUGACUUCUGAGUUCUUAUACUAUAGUUUUGACAAAAAUGUCUGCAUUUUGGACUGGUGAGGUUUUCUCUUGGGCUUGUCUACAGAUGCAAGUGGUUGCAUGAGGAGCUGUAAUCUUUUACCUGUUCUUUCUCGCCAUUAAAGAGGAGUGGUGGGGUGCAGCAACUGCGUUAGCAGUGUUCAGUAUAAGAGAGUUAUUUGCAUUAUGGAUUUCAGAUUCCAGUAACCCUUUCAAUGAACAUGCUAUAUAUGGUAUUUUGUCCUCCUCUUUUAAUUUCAUUUGGCGAGAAUCUGAUUCUCUGAUUUCAAUGGCUGAAGUAUCUGUAAAGUGAGCGUGUGCAAUUCGAUUCUUGUUUCUUCUUUUCUCUUCGAUAGAUAUUUAAUGGGUCUUUCCCAACGUGGCUCUGGUCGCCCUUCUUUGCUUUCUAACUCGGGUUGGCGAUGUUUGAUCUUUUGCUAUGUGAAAAAUAUGGUAACGAAGACUUAUGAAUUAUGUUCCGAAGUUCAUGAGUGGCUCUUCAAUGGGACAAUCAAAAUCAAUCUUUUGUGCGGUUAUUGUUUUUGCUCUCAGAUGGUGUAUGAUUAAGAUCGCAUCUACUUCUUUAUGAUGUUUCCUAAAAUCAUGGUGGUUUAUUGCUGGGGCGGGUUCCAGGAAGUGUUGAAAGCAGUAUGUUUGGUUGCAUGAGAGGAGUCCUGACAAUUUUUGUUCAUGGAGAAAAUUGAGAAUGUCGACUUCAAGAUAAUUCGGCUUGCAGAUUUCACACUAAUGUAGAUUCUCAGAUAAUGUCAAAUUUGAGGAGUCUUGUCAGUUUCGGCGAGUUCUUUAUUGACUGGUCUAUGGACUGGUCCUGGGAACUCUGUUGCGCAGCGGACUGUUGCCCGAGCUAUCGUUGUGCAAGUUGCGCCCCAUUGAAGAGAAUUUGUAAAGCUGAACAUUGGAGUAUGGACCUUAAGGGCGUCCUUGGGUUCCUUUUCUCUCCAUGUGGAGCUGCUAAUAAGGUAGUGACGAAAAAUAGCAAGCCUUUGUGAAAGACAAACGAGCUUGAAGAGCAUAUUAGGAGGUUUGCUUAACUGUGAUGUGUGCUAUAUGUUUGGAUGGUUCUCGGGGUUCAAUGUCGUGUUCCUGGAUUUUCGAGGUAAGUCUUGAUCUUUGUUUUCGAGGUGGUUUCUCUUAUGGGGCUGUCAUGAUGAUUGGCUUCAACUGAUCUUCCUGGGUUCAUCAAUUACAAAAGGGUUUCUGGUGCUGGUAAAGACUCCUAACCUGUCAACUAUUAUAAUUUCUAUCAAUUGGUGGUAUUUCAUUGAGAAGUCGCUGAAAUAAUUGUAUGUAGUGAUGAUUCUGAGUUGCAACUCCCAAGGGCUGAAUGUGGUGGUCGUUUUCCGAUAAAUAUCUCCAUGUACUGUACGUUUUUUCCGUCCCCAAGUUUGAACACGAUGAGAUAUGUCCCUCUCUUGAUCUUACUACGAACGAAUGUGUGGUGUGUGCUCAAUCUUGGUAAAAUAUUCGCGUACCAAUUUGCAUGAAGGCGCUUUAAUGGCUUCGAAAUUCUUGUAUCUAAUGUGAUUUGAUCGUGGAGUGUGGAAUCAGGUUUUGGUGCUUCCUUCGUGUACAUGCUAUUUUAAACACGUACAAUCGGUUGAUGUAAUUGUAUCCAUAUGUUGACAGUAGCAGGUUCUGCAUUUGUUGGUCUGCUGGUCGUCGAAUCCAAUCAUAUACUUAAUCUUUGUUGUCAAGUUGUAGAUGGAUAGACAUGGUUUUGUUAGAAAGAGUUGAAGUAGACAAAAAACAGAGGGAGUGGUCUAGUUACAUCUGAUGUUGGCUUUGCUCCUGCAUGUUAUGACUGUUUUCCUCUGCACUAUUAUAAUAUCCUUGGACCUCUAGGUUGUGUUCUCAAAAUCAAGGUUCUUGAGAAAGUAGAUGAACUUGUGUGAGGUCUAUGACAGACAGAUUCUGAUAAAUUGUGUGUAAACUGCUGUAGUCCCUUGUUAGUGUGAAAGUGGUGGUUACAUAAUGGUGAGCUUGAAGGUCCUAAUGAUGCAAAAGAAUCUGCAUUUUAUUCAACCAUGUGGCAUGCUAAAGAGUCUGAAUUUUGUUCUUGUUAGUUUUUGUUUCCGAAUAUCAUCUUGGGCAUGUUUACAGAUGGCUGCAAGGUUAGUAAAGAUUAGCCACCUUACUGCAAAGGAGGCUUCAUCUUGCUCUGAUCACUUUGUUGUCGCUAUGAAACUUUAGGAGGGGGCAAUUGGGUUAGUAACUACGCUUUGAUUAGGCACCUUACUGCCUACCAAAAUCUAAGGGUGGUGCACUUGAGACUUCCUUUGUCUUGUCUAGUUUUGCACGUUGCAAUGUCAAAAAAGAGCAACGUGAUAUCUCUGGGAAUAACUGGUGGAACCAGUUAGGUGAAUAUUUUACCAGGUUUGUAAUCCUGAUAAAUUAUUGCCAGCUUUAGGAUCUUUGGUUGAGUUUGAUCCCAAAUUUCUGGUACUGGUGGGUCGAUCCUUUUAUCUUUGGUUGAGUUCAUUUGUGCCAAUAGUUUAAAGUGGCUGACGUUCAAGUCAGGUGACCAUCAUUUUUACAUGGUCUGGCAUUCAUACCGAGUAGCUAUGUGUUUAGCUGUCUAAUUAGUUGUGCUCAUAGACAUAGAGACAUCACCGCCGAAGCAAAUGAUUAACCCACCGACAAAGAGAAGGCCAACUGGACGUACAUGAUGGGAAGUUGUCUGAGUGAGGUUGACAGUUCAAGGAACUGCACUUUGGUGUCUGUCCUCUGGGUUGACUUUAGAGAUGACAAAUGGAUUGGAUUCAUGGAUUGGUGGAUUGGAUUCAUGGAUUCAUGGAUCAAAUGAAUUGGAUCCAAUGGA